AUUGACCAAGACGUUUUUAUAAGAAAAGAAAAGAAAAAUACUCGUAAUACUGUUAUAAAUUUAAUAUAAAAUAAUGGCGUCUUAUAAAAAUAUGUUCGGAUUAUGGUCUAAUGAUUCGAAACUUGACGAAAAACUUGGACUCACGGAAGGACAAAAAAAACUUGUACAAAAUACUUGGGCUAUUGUAAAGAAAGAUCAAGUUGCAUCCGGUGUUGCCGUCAUGUUGGCUUAUUUUAAGAAACAUCCGGAACAUCAGCAAAGUUUUAAACCAUUCAAAGAUAUGCCAAUAGAUCAGUUACCUAGCAAUAAAAGAUUUCAAGCUCAUUGCGCGGGUAUAAUAGCUACCAUAAGUACCGUUAUAGAUUCUUUGCAAGAUUUUGAUUUAUUGGUAGCAAACAUAGAAAUUUUUACCGAAAGACACAGAAAACGUGGUCAGACACCAAAGGAAUUUGAGGAUUUAAAACCGGUAAUGGUGGAAAUUCUUCGAGAAGCUAUAGGAACCGAGUACACGCCAGAAGUGGAAGAAGCAUGGGCUAAAACACUGGACGUUUUCUUUGCAACAAUAUACGCUAAUUUGGGUUAAAAAGAAAUGUUUCUUUUGAAAAAAAAUCUCUCAAAAGUAUAUUACUAAUAUAAAAAAAAAGCAUUACAUUCCUUGCAUGCGUUUUAUGAAAGUUUAUAUAUUUAACAAAACAUAUAUAUAUAUAUAUUAUUUUAAAAUUAACAUCUAUUGGGGUUUAACUUUUAAAACAAGAUGAAUAGUUAUUUAAAAAAUCAUAUUUAUUAACUUCCUUUAUCCAUUUUCUGUUGCAUUUUUCAAAUAUAAAAUUACAUUAUUUUAUCUCUGAUCAGUCAUUGAUGCCUAUAAAUUAGAUAUAAUAAUCUGUAACAUCGAUUAAUUAUAAAAACAAUAAAAGAUUAUU